UAUUAUGCAGGUUUCUGAUUUCUCAUCUUAAGAUUAAGAAAGACAGAAGGUGGAAUUCAGCAAACCAUGAUAAACUGCCAUUGAAGAAUAUUGUCCACAGUUUAGUAGGAACGGUGAUACGUGCAACUUCACUCCAGAUACCUCUUAUUGGACACUCGUCUGUCAUGUGAACAUCAAUACAAUACUGUUGGUUGUAAUGAGACACUAUUUGCAGGCCACUUCUUCAUUUUGUUUAUAAACUGGAGAUGGACAUAGGGAUGGCUCGUGAAGGUCACCAGGUCGACGGGGUGAAGAUUCUCCAGGCUGCCAAUGAUUUGCUUCUCUUUCGUCGUCAUGAGGAGGUGCUGCGGGUGUGUAGGUUAGGUGUGGAUAGGAAUCAGGAGGUUGUAUUUCCUCGUAUUGGAGAGCAAGUGUCUAGAAGUAGAGAUGGGACUGACAUCCAGAAUGGACUAUCAGAUGAAAAUGAGCAGAAUCUGAAGAAAAUGCACAAAGAUGCCAUGAGGGAAUAUCUAGAAUCGAUGUGCAUACUUGCCAUGCAGGCAUACGCUGAGCUGGAUAAAUGGGACCAAGCAUUACCAUUUCUCUUGUCUUGUUAUGGAGAUAUCUCAAAGCUUCCUCCAAGGAUUGUAUUAAUGUGCAUAUUACUAUUCAGCAAAGUUCGGAACUUUGGUGAAGCGGAGUCGUUCUCGUCUCAGUGGCUCAAGACCCAGAAUGGCUGGUCCAUCAACCAGUAUUGCUCAGUCCUUGAAACAUACAUCAAGAGGGUUUAUAUCUCCCAGGGGCAGUGGAAAGCUGCCAGGGAGUACAUAGAAACUAACACUGUAUUGAGUCCAGAUAGGAAGAUGAGGUACUUGAAAUACUUGGCAGAACUGCAGCAGCAAAAGGAGAGUAGUUCCACCAAUGGUUGUAAAAAUGACAAGCAUUCACAACCUGGUAACAUUUUGCUGAGCCUGUUUCAGAAGCUGCGCUCAUUCUUUGUGUCCCGCUUGAGCCCAUCAUCAUCCCAUGGAUUACACCGGAUUCAGAACCUUGCCCUUAUCAGUGUCUUCCUCUACCUAUUAUUAUUUAGGACAAAUACAAGUAUUCCUACUGGUGCUUCCCAGGCCAAUGCUGUGUGGGGUAGUUUAGUGGGUGUGUGGCGAUCACUGUUUGCUCCUUUCCAUGUCAUGGUCCAGGAAGCCCAAUAGAGGGAGCAUUACGAGAACUGUAGCCUUGUACUUGGAACUAUUGUGGUUGUCCCCACUUGUGGUACCUGCUGUAAACGGUUUUGACCCACCCAUGGUCCAGCCCACCUGUCCUGUCUCUAGAUCUCUCGAAAUGAUUGGAACUGGUCAAUAUUCAGUCCAGUAUUCUGAGAUUGAUUGAUGUGUGACCCC